CGAAAAUUCCCCGGACCUGUGGAAUUAGUCAAGCAUCACUCCACUCAAUUGGAUGGAUUUCUGACUCUUGCUCGGUUUCCUCUUGAUCGACCACCGGGUGAAAGUCCCAUCGUUUUCCAAGGUAUUCGAGCCGAUGAAUUGGAGGAAAAACUCAAACUCAAAGCCGUGGAAAUGGGCCUUAAAGCGUCUAAUUAUGCCAUCUAA